AACGGUCACACUUCAGCAAUUUCAAUCUCAAACAUAAUUAUUUGAAAAGCAAAUUCAAUGCCUACUAUGGCUGCCUCGAUGGAUGAGGAUAUAUCGGCUAACCCUGUGCCCAGCCCCGAAGAGGAUCCAUUGGCCGAGGAGCGCCUGGGCUUUGUGCGCGAAGUUGGCGCCCAGGCCGUUUGGAGUCUCUCCUCCUGCAAGCCGGGUUUUGGUGUGGAACGCCUGCGAGACAACAUCAUGGAUACGUACUGGCAGUCGGACGGCCAGCUGCCACACCUGGUGAAUAUCCAGUUCCACAAGCGGACGAACAUCAGCCAGAUUUACAUCUACACCGACUACAAGCUGGAUGAAAGCUACACUCCUUCAAGGAUUUCCAUACGGUCUGGAACCAAUUUCAAUGAUUUGCAAGAGCUACAGGUCAUGGAUCUCACCGAACCCACUGGCUGGGUGCAGAUACCCAUUAAGGACGGUAAUGUCAAGUCCAUACGCACCUUCAUGCUGCAGAUCGCGGUGAUCUCCAACCAUCAGAAUGGAAGGGACACACACAUGCGGCAGAUUCGAAUCCAUGCCCCUGUAGAGGGUAAGCACUAUCCCUUGGAGCUGUUUGGAAAGUUCGCCACGGUGGACUGCCAGAAGUAUGCCACUAUCCGCUAAGGGACUACAUAUGUAUGUAUAUAUACUAAAGGUAGAUGUAAAGUCUUUAGGUUUUAUUUGUAUUUUUUUCGGGAUAUUUAACUGCUAAAAUACAACAUUUAAAAGAUUA